CAUUGAUGUUCACCAAGAAUUCGUUUCAUCAAAUUGUUGGAAAGCAGACCUUAAAGUGUUUCGCCAAAUUUUUUUAAGGAUAUGGAAAAUCGUGCAACAGCAACGAAUGAAACAAGCCAGUUGGAAACAAAAAUAUUCAACGAUCCAAUUCAUGGCUUCAUCGAGCUUCAUCCUUUGUUGGUCAAAAUUAUCAACACACCACAAUUUCAGCGUUUGAAAGAUAUCAAGCAGUUGGGAAUCUGUGACUUCGUUUACCCUGGAGCAACUCACACUAGGUUUGAACAUUCUCUUGGAACAUCUUAUUUGUGUGGGAUAUUGAUAGAUACAUUACAAGAGCUUCAUCGUGGAGAGAUUGAGAUCACAGAUGAAGAAUGCAUGUGUAUCAAAAUAGCCGGACUUUGUCAUGAUCUUGGCCAUGGACCGUUCUCUCAUUUCUUUGAAGAGUACAUCAAAAAGAAAAAACCUAAGUGGAAGCAUGAGGAUGCGUCUUGUAAACUUUUCGAUUUCAUGCUCAAGAAAAACUCAGAACUUAGGCAGAGUUUUAAAUAUUUCCGACUUGGAAAGGAAGACAAAAAAUUCAUCAAGGAACUUAUCAAAGGUAAAGACCCCAACAAAGAAGAAAAGGUAGAAAGGAUAUGUCCAUUUACAGGUCAACCAAAAUGGUUUCUUUAUGAAAUCGUGUCAAACAAACGAAAUGGUAUCGACUGUGACAAGUUUGAUUAUUUUGCCCGUGACUGCGCUAAUGUUGGAGUGAAAUGUACUUUUGACCAUCGACGCUACUUUCAAAAUGUUCGCAUCAUGUCUAACCCUAAUAACAAACAACUUCAGAUCUGUGUACGCGACAAAGAGGUGUUUAACUUGUAUGAAUUAUUCCACACCCGUUGGUCCCUCCAUCACAGAGUUUACAAGCACAAAACUCUGGCACCAAUAGAAGACCUGCUAUAUAAGGCGUUCAGGAAAGUUGACAAAGUCAUGAAAAUUUCCGAAUCAGUGGAAAAAGCCAAGAAAAAGAAAAAAAAUAUGAAGCAAUAUUCUGUUUUAACAGAUAGCAUUCUCUACGAUAUACUGCGAAACAGGGACCCUGAUUUCGCAGACGCAAAGAAGAAGAUAAGACGCAUACAAAAACGAAAGCUGUACAAAUUUUGCGGCCAAAGCUCUCUAAAAUCAAAUGACGACAAAGCAAGUGAACUACAAUCGAAGUUCAAAUCUCUCUGCGAAAUAAAAAUUGCCGAAGACUUGGUUAACUUAUCGGGAGGAAAGUUGAAAAGAGAAAAUAUAUUUGUUUCAAAAGUAACGAUCAAUUUUGGAAUGAAGCGUAAAAAUCCAGUUGAGGCUGUGAUGUUUUUCGAUAAAUCUCAACGCAAACCAUUUGAAAUAAAGAGAGAACAAGUAAGUGAAAUGUUGCCACGAAGUUUCCAGGACAGAUAUAUCAGAGUUUACGCAAAAGAAUCCGAAAGCGAAGAGGAAUCCGAAAGCGAAGAGGAAUCCGAAAGCGAAGAGGAAUCCGAAGGAGAAGAGGAAUCCGAAAGAGAAGAGGAAUCCGAAAGCGAAGAGGAAUCCGAAAGCGAAGAGGAAUACGAAAGCAAAGAGGAAUCCGAAAGAGAAGAGGAAUCCGAAGGAGAAGAGGAAUCCGAAGGAGAAGAGGAAUCUGAAGGAGAAGAGGAAUCUGAAGGAGAAGAGGAAUCCAAAAGCGCAGAAAAAAACAAAAACGCAGAACGAAUGGAAAUGCUGAUCGAACAUAUCAAAGAUUCCUUCGAGAAUUGGUGCCAAGAAAAUGGCUUUGAAAAACCUUUUGGAGGAUAA